AUGGCAAAACUGAUUGUACUUUUAUUGCACUUGUUACAGGAGAGAGAAAAAAAAGCAAAGAAGAAGGCUGCUUCAUCUGCAACAGCUACCAAUGAGGAACCAACUGAAGCAGCAGAUGCAGAGGUGGUUGAAGUGGAAAAGACCAAUGUGAAUGUUGAACCUCCAGUCCCAUCAAAGACCAAGGAACAAAAGGAGAACACUAUCAGGCACAGGAAUAAAAAAAGAGGCCCAGAUUCUCUUCCAAGAGCCAUCCUUAAGCGGAAAAAGACAACAAACUACUGGAUAUGGGCUGCUGCUGCUGCUGCUGUUUUGUUAGUACUGCUGCUUGUAGUGGUCGGAUUCCAUUAUCUCCUCUGAAGAUUGAAGCUAGAGUUAAAUGAGUUAUGGGCCAAUUUUCUGCUUGAUGAGCUUGUGAGUGCCUAGGUCUGUAGUCUUAAACUCCAUUCCUUGUUCUUUACAUCCUAUUAGAGGGAUGGACUCAAACUCAUAAUGUUGUUGAGUAGCUCAGUCAAUCUGAAACAUCUACUGAUGGAGCAACUUUAUACAUUUGGUUUGGUUGUUGAAUUUUCAAAUUUUGACUUUGAUCAGAUAUCAUGGAUGUUAUCUUAAACAUUUUGCUAUUUACAGAAAUGCAAUGUUUAUACAGGCAGAUUAGUAGUUGGA